AUGGCCGCUAUCACUCGCCAGCCCUUUGCUCCUCUGGAUGAAUCUCGUCUCCAAACCCUCACUAGCCUAAAGAACCGUCAGAAUGUAUCCAAGCGCAAGGCCGAGUCAAUGUACAUUGACGAUGCUGAGAACGUCGACCCCAUACUCUCGGUCAAGCGCUCCAAAGGCGCCAGCGGGAAAGGGUCCAUCCUCAAACCUACUACCAAUCUGACCCUCAAGUCUACCACCACCCCCAAACCCGUACUGUCAACUGUCCCUACAUCAGUGAGCAACCGUCGCACCAUCACACCCAAGCCCCCCUCUGCCAAGCUCAACACCAAUGUCGUCAAACCCUCGCCCUUGUCAGCACCCGCCGGUCGUUCGCCUACUCGCGGCAGCAAGCGUGCAGGUCUUCUGGGCAACAGCAGACGUCGCACGGGCCGCAUCGACCCUCCGUCGUUUAACAUUGGCGGCCGUGGCGGCGCUCCCUUUUCUCUUGACGCUGCCCUCAAGGGUACGAUUCCCAGCUAUGCUCCAGCGACCCCCAAGGCCGCGCCAAGGCCUGCACCACAGGAGCCUGGCAUGCAGGCCAGCUGGUACUUUGACAUUCACGAGGACACUGCCGAGCAGGAGAUGACCAACCUCCUCCAGCACGGCACCUGCGUCCUUGACAUCUCGUCCGACGAAGAGUCGGCUCAACGCGCAAACUGCCAAGGGCGGGAAGACAAGGAGAACGUCGCACCAGUCGACGAUGUGUCGCAGACCAUAAGCCGCCGAUCUCGCCGGGCGGCUCGCGACGAUGAGAUGAUUGUUGAGAAGGAGCGCGUCGCGCUGGGUGAAAUGGACGCCAGCGAGUUCUUUGCGGAAGGCUUAGACGAGGCCUCUGUCAUCAUCGUGCCGGCAGAUGAGGAGGCCGAGACCGAUGUCGAGGACAACACGCGGGAGAAGAUGCCCGAGUCCAAGGCCAUUGUUGCAAAGUUUGAGUUCGCCCCGAAGUUGAAACACCCCGUCCAGGGAGCUACUCCGGAAGCUGCGGCGCCAGAAACUCUUCAGGCCAUGAUCAGCCAGUCUGACGAGGCAUCGCCGGCCAAAGCUGCGGUCUUGUUACCGAUCGAGGGCACAGGGGAGAGCUUCGAACUGUGGGAGAGUGACAGCACCAAGGACGAGGGUGAAGGCGCCGCGUAUUCGUGA